AUGGAGUGUGAAAAUGUAACCUCAUUGCUUAAGAACUUUGAAAUUAUGGGAUUCCAGUACCCCAAAGACCUGACGUUCCUGCUGCUCCUCUUCUUCUUCCUCAUGUACUUGCUGUCUCUUUCUGGAAAUGUCCCGAUUCUCUUGGUGGUAGCUCAGGAUCCUCGUUUGCACAAGCCAAUGUACUGGUUCCUCUGUCACCUGUCCAUCAUGGACAUAAUGGUCUCCUCAGUGGUGGUGCCCAAGUUGAUUUCUUGGUUGGUAGAGGGCAAUGGAGUCAUCUCCUUUGCAGGCUGUGUGUCCCAGCUCUUCUUCUUCCACUUUCUGGGUUGCACAGAAUGUUUCUUAUACACUGUGAUGGCUCUGGACCGCUUUCUGGCCAUCUGCAAACCACUCCACUACAGCACCAUCAUGAACCACCGAGUUUGCUUCUGCCUUUCAGUUGGUACCUGGUUUGGAGGCUCCCUGCAUGGUGUGAUACACACUUCCCUCACCUUCCACUUGCCAUUCGGCCGGAGGAAUCUGGUGCACCACAUUUUAUGUGACAUCCCACCUAUGCUGAAGUUGGCCUGUGCAGACACAUCCCUCAAUGAGAUGGUGACCUUGGUUGACAUUGGGUUGGUAGCCCUGACCUGCUUUUUCCUGAUCCUGACUUCUUAUGUCUAUAUCAUCUCUGCCAUCCUGAGGAUUCCCACUGCCAAAGGGAGACGCCGGGCCUUCUCCACUUGCUCAGCCCAUAUCACCUUGGUGGUGGUAUAUUAUGCUCCUGUGGUUUACAACUAUGUGCGUCCAGCAUCUCAGGACUCCCUUGACGGCAUGGUGGCCAUGUUCUAUGCUGCAAUGACCCCCUUCUUAAACCCUCUUAUAUACACACUGAGGAACAAGGAGAUGAAAAAUGGCCUGCAGAAACUUUGCAGUAGGAAACCACUGUGA